UAAUACUUAUUGCUUACUACUUAGUAAUUGUUCUAUACACUAAACUGAUAUUCUGUGGUCUCGACGAAUAUUAUAAUAGUACUAUAGUAGAUUGGAGUUCUAGAGUAGUCACUAGUUCUAGACAAUUACAAAAUGUAAAAAAUAGUUACCAACUACUAAUAUUUAUUACCGAUAUCAGCUCUGCGGAAUAGAAAACGUCAUAAUUUAAAUUUUUGUUGAAUGGUUCAUUAAAACCGUUUCGUUUCCAAUGGCAAACGAUACGGAAAUUCUUCACUAUUUAUGGAAUGGGAAGUUAGCUGUAUGCUUUCAAUUAGAUGAACAAGAAAUUCAUGGUAUACAAAAUCCAGAGCCAUUUUACUUGAUGGUACCUAGAAUGAGUUACUUUCCAUUGGUCUGUGAUAAAGUAAAAAAACAUUUUGUGAAGCAUGUGGAUCCUGAAAAACAAGAGAUGGAAAUGUGGUUAGAAUUUAAGAAUAUUCCAUUAAAAUGGAAUAAUCCUAUUGGUGUUCUUUAUGAUCUAUUUACAAGAGAUGAUAAACAAGUUGAUCUACCAUGGAAAAUAACCGUUCAUUUUGAUAAUUUUCCUGAAGAUCAACUAUUGCGAUGCUCAUGCCGAGAAUCUAUAGAAUCUAAUUUUAUGUCAUCAAUGAAAGAAGCUGAUAUGCUUAAACACAGAAGUCAAGUAUUUUCUACUAUGCAGCGACAUCAACACAAUCAAUUAUGGACUGGACUACUUAAUGAUAAAUUCGAUCAGUUUUGGUCAGAGAAUAAAAAACUUAUGGAACCAUCUGAAGGCAGUUAUUUUAAGCACAUACCAGUACAUUUUUAUCGAUCGGGAUCAUCAGUUAUGACACAAACACUAGUUAAGCCAGUUUCAGAUGAUGGAAAUCAUAUAACUUUGGGAGAGCUGAUGAAACUGAAUUAUCCAUCAGUGGAUAAUCCCAAAGUGUUUACUCAUGGCAUAUGCAUACCUCAUGAAACACCAGUUCAAUGGAUGAGUGAACACAUGAGUUACCUUGAUAAUUUUUUACAUUUAGUCGUUAUCUAAUAUAUAUAUGAACAAUUAAUAUAAUAUAUCACAUAUUAAUAUAUUAUUGUGUUGAAACAAAAAAAAAAUAUGAAAUAAUAUUGAUAAUUUUAUAAUUUCUAAUAAGAUCACCAUUUUUUUUUACAUA